AUGUCGUCGCCGCCUCGCCGCCGUUCGGCCCGGUUGGCCAGCACCAACACGCCCAAGCCCAAGGCCAAACCCACUCUGGCUUCCGUUGCCGAGCGCGAUGACACUCCUCCUGCUCAAGAGAUCGCUGAGAGUCUGAAUGCGCUCGUCGUCCCGAAUCACGAUCCCGCGACACCUUCUUCGCACUCGAACCUCAAGGCUCCGUUGUCGGAAAUGCACCCGAGCAAAGUUCAUCCCACCGCAGCACCACCCUCAGCUACCUGGCUUGGCUUCAGAGACAUGGACCCCUCCGACAAGAAGGCCGAUCCUCAGGCGACGCCUUCCAAGACCACGCAGGCGACGCCUUUCAAGACCACGGGCGUGCCCGAAUCGCCUUUCACCUUUCGCGUCGCCCAGCCUACCGGAGACAACGGUCUGAGCAGCGAUGCUCAGCAGAUGAUGAACGAGCUGCGCGAGGAGGCGGCCAGAAUCAAGGCCGAACUGCUCGCCAAGCGUGAGCUGGAGAGAGAAGAUGAAGAGAUCAACGGACGCAGGAUCGCCAAGGCCAGGGGCAAGUCCGGUCGCUUCAGCGCAGUUCACAUGGCUGAGUUCAGAAAGAUGGACUCUAUCGAAGGUCAUCCUUCAGCUUUCCGAGCCCAGCCUGGCUGGGACACUCCUCUCAAGAGCUUGAAGCGUACUCAGUCCAAGGCGAACCUUGAUGACACGCCUGCGCAACCGAAAUCUAGCUUGAAACGAUCACCCUCGAAGGCUACCUUGGACGACACGCCGACGCAGCCCAAGUCUCUCCUGAAGCGGUCCCAGUCCAAGCCGAACCUCGACGAUACCCCCACCCACCCGAAGUCGAUCUUGAAGAAGCCGUCCAAGAUCAACCUGGGCAUCCCCGAUACGCCGUCCCAAAAGAAGUCUAGCCUCAAGCGUUCUCCGUCCAAGGCCAACUUUGACGACGCAGACUCCAACGACUCCAAAAAGUCGUCCUUUGGACCUCGUCCCAAGUCUCGCAUCUUCGCCAACAUUGAGCCGCCCUCGUCAGUCAAGCGUGUGCGACAGCGCUUCGAGGACGAUGCCACCACCGCUCGGCCGGUCUCUCGCGAUGGCAGUUCCCUUCCGCGCCCCAAGUCUAGCGGAACAGACGCGCCUGCCAGUCUUCGAUCCCAGCCCAGUCUGGCAUCCCUCGCGAGCCCCACUGCGUCUUCCUUGGCUCGCGCUGCUGGUUCCAAGAUGCCCUUGCCUGGCACUCUCACCAAGUCAGCCAGUAGGCCCGAUCUCGGAUCGCUCGUCAAGUCUCCCUCGAAGCCCGAGCUUGGGAGUCUCAGAAAGUCGCCGUCCAAGCCUGAACUGGGUGGUCUCACAAAGUCUGCCACCACCAACAAUCUUGGUGUGUUGGAGAAGACGGCCGAGCUGAAACGCCGAAUUGUGAGCCCUGGUCGCUUCGAAAGAGUCAAGUCGAUCCUGCGCGGCGGAAAGGGAGCCUUGGACAGGACGAAGAGCGCUCUUCCCAAGCCCGCGUCUGGUAUCUCCCAGACUCCUGCACCUCAGGCUGCUGAGAAGACCAUUCCCGCUGUUCCAUUCACCACUCCACGAAGGAAGUUGUUUAAGAGAGUCGACUUUACCCCGGACACUAAUCGAGCCGCCGAUGCUCCGAACACAGUCGCACACCGAGCAUUUGCGAGCGUGAGCCCUAUUCACAAGUAUGGGGAGGUUGAGUACCCGAGCCUCGACGCCAUGCUUGGCAAUGUCACACAGCGAAAGAAGGACGGCAAUCUCUAUCCCGAACUGAACGUCGGUAGCCCGUGUGAGAAGGUGACCGAGGAGGCAAAUGAGAGCGUCAAGCCUCUGCCUCCGACCGUGCCUGGCACGUUCACUUUCCGCAGCGACCACACCAUUAGAUUUGGUAGCGCCUCUCCCACUGGCUUUGGUUCGUCUGCUGGACAAGCCAGUAUCCGUCAUGUACGAACCUCGCAGGACAUGCCGGGUAGUUUCCCCACUGGCCCCGAAUUCACCUCCAACAAGGAAAACAGAUCUCCCAUGCAGUUCCUGGCCGGAAAGCCCCACGGCAUGACCAACAAGAAGCGGGCUCGAGCUCGUGAAGAGGAAGGAGACCUUGAAGUGGAGUCGGCCGAUAGAGCUGGCAAGAGACGCAAGGCCGAGCAUGUCCCCGAGGGCGAUGCUCUACUGGCCCCCAGACUGAUGGGUGCUACUCCGGGCACUAUAGGCAAGAAGCUUCAGAGCCCGCGAGUUGUUCAAUCGCCGAGCCCCACGAAGAAGCGCAGUGGUAUGAGCCUGAGCCGACUCAACAUGCUGGCGAAGCCGAAGGCUCGCCACUAA